UUUUUGAGUAAAGGUCAGUAGUACCAACAGGAAUCUGCAAACGAAAUUCAUUGGAAGCGCCUUUGACCAUAAAAAAAAUAUCCCACCAUAAGUCUUUCUCUUUCCUGGUUUUUCUUCCAGCUUUCUUUUACCCCAGUCCUGAAUAUCUCCUCUAUAGUGCUACAGCAAAAGUUUUGAGAGCUAGGAUUUUUCAAGAUGGGAAAUGCUUUUAGGCUCCUAUAUGGGAUAUGUUGCAAACCCUCCACCACUGGGGAUUCUGAUUCAGUAGGGCCACCUUAUACCACUACAGCUCCUGGGGUUUCAGCUCUUGCCCAUGAUCUCUUCAAUUUUGAAAUCACAUCCCAGGUCCCUGAAGAUCUCAGUCAGCAUGUUGUAUCAUCAAGGAAGGCUCAAGUCAAAUGGUAUGGAAAGUUAUUGCAAGCAUGGAAAGAAGCAAAACCCCCACCAAAAACACCUGAAGAGGUUGCUAGGCUUAUUGUUGAGACCUUGAGCGGACAUCGAAGGGCAGAUGUUGAGGGUUUAUUGGAAUUCUAUGAUCUUCCUCGCCCUUCUAUUUUAGAGGAAAUUUCUACUGGUGCCCCGACAAGAUUGCCUGAAGGAGUGAAAUCUGAAAUGCAUACAUUACCAGUAGAUGGGAAUACGGUACCAGAUGGGGAUGGUUUAAAUGUGUAUGUGAAUACUGAUGAUCCUAGGGAGUCCUCGAACAUACCUAGAGCCGUUCUUAUGGCUGCGGUUCAAAGAUCAAAAGCACGUGCUAAGAAAAACUAUGCCAGAGCCGAUGAACUUCGCGAGAAGAUUAUUGAAUCAGGAUACCAGGUCAUAGACUUUCAAAACGAAGAGAUUCUUGCUCGAAAGUAUCGGAUUCGACUGAGAGGUAUAGAUGCACCUGAGAUGUCGAUGCCGUUCGGGAAAGAAGCAAAAGAAGAGUUGGCUAAGCUUGUUCAUGGGAAAUGUUUGAGAGUGCUUGCCUACGGGGAAGAUCAAUACGGUCGUUGUGUUGCAGACAUAUACUGCAAUGGCAUUUUUGCGCAGGAAGUAAUGCUAAAGAAAGGACUCGCAUGGCAUUAUGUAGCCUACGACCGACGGGUUGAAUUUGCAACCUGGCAAAAAGAGGCUCGGGCAAAGAGAACCGGCCUUUGGGUACAAUCAAACCCGGAGAAGCCAUGGGAAUGGAGGAAGAAGAACAAACAAUAAGGUAGAUAACACUGUCCUUAAGGAUCCAUAACAUCUUGAGAAGUGAUAAAAGUACACAAUUAUCAUAUUUGUGUAAAGAACCAUGUUUGAUCCAUUCCUCUCUCUCUUGUUUGUUUGCAAUGCUUAUUAUUAUCAAAUGAUUGUCAAACAUAUAUAUAUACACAUUACUUUUGAAA